CCGCAGCGCGGCUGGCUCUGGCAGCAGACCCAGCAGGGAGGUGGGGACCCAGCCAGAAAGCACUGGGUCCGGACCACCCGGGGGUUGCUCUAGGGUGGGAAGGUUUUCUUCCUCUGGUCCAGACCGGUGCAGACCUCAGCAGAGAAGGUCUUCUGCUCCCAGAGGUGCCAGAGCCGGCCUGGCUGUCUCCAUCCAGCGGGAGGCCGAGCCUCCAGGAGAGGAGCGUGGCACCUGCGAGCCCUGCAGCUCCGUGCCCGAAACAGGGAGCGUUUUCAUGCCGUAACGCCGCUGGAAAAUAGAGAGUGGAGAAAGCUGCUCAGCACCUUCCAAUACCUCCCUGGGAGAGGAGGACCACGCCGCUGCUGAGGCCCCUGCAGACACCCGGGCAGGAGGAGGCCAGCCAAAAUGGCCUCGGUCUUCCGCAGUGAGGAGAUGAGCUUGAUGCAGCUCUUCCUGCAGGUGGAGGCUGCUUACUGCUGCGUGGCUGAGCUCGGAGAGCUGGGUCUGGUCCAGUUCAGAGAUCUGAAUGCGAAUGUGAACAGCUUCCAGAGAAAGUUUGUGAAUGAAGUGAGAAGGUGCGAAUCCUUGGAGAGGAUCCUGCGUUUUCUGGAAAAUGAGAUGGAAGACAUUGUGGAGAUAGUCAAACCAGAAAAGUACCCAGAGACGCCCCUACCUCGCGAAAUGAUUGAUAUGGAGACAGUGCUGGAGAAACUUGAGGCUGAGCUGCUGGAAGCUAACCAGAAUCAGCAAACGCUGAAGCAGAACUUCCUUGAGCUGAUGGAACUCAAACAUCUGCUGAAGAAAACCCAGGACUUCUUUGAGGCAGAAACCAAUCUGCCAGAUGAUUUCUUCAGUGAAGACACAUCUGGCCUGCUGGAGCUGAGAAGCACUCCCGCUGCAGCUGCCAAGCUGGGAUUCACAGCAGGGGUUAUAAAGAGGGAGAGGAUGAUACCCUUCGAGCGUUUACUGUGGCGAGCCUGCAGGGGAAACAUCUACCUGAGGUACACCGAAAUGGACACUCCCCUGGAGGACCCUGUGACGAGAGAAGAGGUGAAAAAGAAUGUGUUCAUUAUCUUCUAUCAAGGAGAGCAGCUCAAACAAAAAAUCAAGAAGAUUUGUGACGGGUUUCGUGCCACAGUCUAUCCCUGUCCAGAGUCUGCCACCGAGCGCCGAGAAAUGCUUGAUGGAGUGAACACAAGGAUCGAGGAUCUGAACACAGUGAUAACCCAAACUGAGUCCCACCGCCAGCGACUGCUGCAUGAGGCAGCAGCCAACUUGUGGUCUUGGGGGAUCAAGGUGAAGAAAAUUAAGGCCAUCUACCACAUCCUGAAUUGCUGUAACAUUGAUGUCACCCAGCAGUGUGUCAUUGCAGAGAUCUGGUUCCCAGUGGCUGAUGCUGGCCGGAUAAAAAGAGCUCUCCAUCAGGGAAUGGAGCGAAGUGGCUCUACCAUCACCCCUAUCCUCACCGCCAUACACACCAGGAUGGCACCACCCACCUUCAACAGGACCAACAAGUUCACAGCUGGAUUUCAGAACAUUGUGGAUGCGUAUGGUGUGGGCAACUACAGGGAGAUGAACCCAGCUCCUUACACCAUUAUUACCUUCCCCUUCCUGUUUGCGGUGAUGUUUGGGGAUUGUGGCCAUGGUGCCGUCAUGCUGGGCUUUGCACUCUGGAUGGUCAUUAAUGAGAAGAGCCUUCUGGCCCAGAAGAGCACUAACGAGAUCUGGAACACCUUUUUCAGCGGGCGUUACCUGAUCCUGCUCAUGGGCAUAUUCUCCAUAUAUACUGGCUUCAUCUACAAUGACUGCUUCUCUAAAUCAUUCAACAUCUUUGGCUCGUCUUGGCAUAUCAUCCCCAUGUUUAAAAAUAAUACUUGGAAUAAGGAUGUGCUUCUGGACAACACAGUGCUGCAGCUGGAUCCGGCAGUCCCAGGGGUCUACUCUGGAAAUCCAUAUCCAUUUGGAAUAGAUCCGAUCUGGAAUGUUGCAUCGAACAAGCUGACUUUCCUGAACUCCUACAAAAUGAAGAUGUCAGUUGUGAUAGGGAUUGUGCACAUGAUUUUUGGGGUGAUACUCAGUCUCUUCAACCACAUCUACUUCAAGAAAUACAUAAACAUUAUCCUGCAGUUCAUUCCAGAGAUGAUCUUUAUUAUCUCUCUUUUUGGCUACCUCGUCUUCAUGAUUAUUUUCAAAUGGUGUCAUUUUGAUGUCCACUCAUCCCAGAGCGCACCAAGCAUUCUCAUCCACUUCAUCAAUAUGUUUCUGUUCAAUUACAGUGAUGCUUCAAAUGCUCCAUUAUAUACGCACCAGAAAGAAGUGCAGAGCUUUUUGGUCAUAUUUGCCCUGAUUGCUGUUCCCUGGAUGCUCCUAAUUAAACCUUUCAUCCUCCGAGCCAACCACCAGAAAGCACAGCGCAUGAUUCGGUCUCAGGCCAACUCAGGAAACACCGGGGGUGAAAACGAGGUGGAUGCCCCAGAGACCAAUCACUCCAAGAAAGCUUCCCAGGGAGACCACAGUGGUGGCCAUGGAGGACAUGAGGAUGAUGAAGAAGAGUUCAAUUUUGGAGACACAUUUGUCCAUCAAGCUAUCCAUACCAUCGAAUACUGCCUGGGCUGCAUCUCCAACACAGCAUCCUACCUGCGGCUCUGGGCGCUGAGCCUAGCCCAUGCACAAUUGUCAGAGGUUCUCUGGACCAUGGUGAUGCACAACGGGCUCAACAACAGCAGCUGGACAGGCCUCAUCAGCGUCUUCAUCAUCUUCGCAGCGUUUGCAGUGCUGACAGUGGCCAUCCUGCUGGUCAUGGAGGGUUUGUCGGCCUUCCUGCAUGCCUUGCGCCUGCACUGGGUGGAGUUCCAGAACAAGUUCUACGUGGGAGCCGGAUACAAAUUCUCCCCGUUCUCCUUCAAGCACAUCAUAGAUGGUACUGUGGAAGAGUAAAGCCAGUGCACUGCUGCUUCGCUUCUCAGACCAGGCUCUUCUUUCCUGCAGUCAGUCACCCAUAGAGUGGGGCUUAUAUGAUGAAACUGAAUGGGACAUGGUCUUUGAAAGAAGAUCAGCUAUACAUGGAGAUGUUCUAACUGCAUUCCCACACAGUGCUGUAUCAGCUGAGAGUGGUAACAGAUAUUACAUGUCUGGUCUGGCUGGACCUGGGCUGCAUGUCUCUACUAAUGUCCUUACCAAGUACCUGGUCCUCAGCAUCCGAUCAGGUCAGCUGCCUGCUGCUUGGUUAAAUAGAAAGAGAUGCUCCUCCUGGAAUUAAAUUGGUUAUUAAUAAUCAACUUACAUGUGCUUUGCUCUAUUUACUGCCUUGUCUUUGUAGUUUAUUUCUUUCCAAGGAAAGUAUGUUUUGGCUGUUGUUUCAAGCUGUGGUUGAUCAUAUGACAAUGAUUAAGUCUCUUAUAAGAUUGCAGCCCUUCAUUGCACACACAAUGCAGAACAGCUCAAAGAUGGAUCAUAUCGCAGGCUGGCAAUUUUCUACAUGCUUUACUACAACAACCCUCCUAU